UGAAUGAGACCAUGAACAUAUUAGGGAAGGCGAGAGGAUGAAUGUUUGUCAUGUUUUUAUGUGAAAUGAAUAAAUGAAUAGAAACGACUCGGGAGCAAACACACAGAGAGAGAGAGCAGUGUUGAUGCGACUGAACCGGAGAGGAGCCGAAACCUGGAGACUGUGUCAGAGUGUCUGGCUCACUGGCCCCUUUAGUGUGCAGGAGGAUCCAGGCCAGAGAUUGGAGUGAGGAUGGGAGGUGGAGGCCAGCUGACGGAGCAAGGAGAGCAGGUCAGCGGGCGAGGUGUUGGGGUCUACACCUGGGAGGAGGUGCAGAGCCACUGCAACAGGAAUGACCAGUGGCUGGUGAUAGAUCGGAAGGUUUACAACGUGACUCAGUGGGCCAAAAGGCACCCAGGGGGGAUCCGGGUCAUCAGCCACUAUGCUGGAGAGGAUGCCACGGAGGCGUUCACUGCUUUUCAUCCCGAUUUAAAGUUUGUGCAGAAGUUUCUGAAGCCGCUGCUGAUUGGAGAGCUGGCAGCGACAGAGCCCAGCCAGGACCGGAACAAAAACGCGACAAUCAUACAGGAUUUCCACACUUUACGUGCGAAGGCGGAGAGCGAGGGUCUGUUUCGAGCUCGGCCUUUGUUCUUCUGCCUCCACCUGGGUCACAUCCUGCUGAUGGAGGCGCUCGCCUGGCUGAUCAUCUGGAUCUGGGGAACUAGCUGGACGCUGACCUUUCUGAGCGCCGUCCUGCUGGCAACUGCUCAGUUGCAGGCUGGAUGGCUGCAGCACGACUUUGGCCACCUGUCUGUCUUCAAGAAGUCCAGCUGGAAUCACGUGUUGCACAAGUUAACCAUCGGACAUUUGAAGGGAGCGUCUGCCAACUGGUGGAAUCACCGGCAUUACCAGCAUCACGCGAAGCCCAACAUCUUCAGUAAGGACCCUGAUGUCAACAUGUUGCACGUCUUCGUAGUUGGAGCCACUCAACCGGUGGAGUACGGCAUAAAAAAGAUCAAAUACAUGCCUUAUCACUACCAACACCAGUACUUCUUUCUUGUUGGACCGCCGCUUCUCAUUCCAGUUUACUUCCACAUUCAGAUCAUUCGCACCAUGAUUUCCCGCCAUGACUGGGUGGAUCUGGCUUGGUCUCUGUCUUACUACCUGCGCUUCCUUUGCUGUUCUGUUCCCAUGUUUGGCCUGUUUGGCUCAGUGGUGCUCAUCAUCUUCAUCAGGUUUUUGGAGAGUCACUGGUUUGUGUGGGUGACUCAAAUGAAUCAUCUACCGAUGAACAUCGACCACGACAAGCACCAGGACUGGCUGUCCAUGCAGUUACAUGCCACCUGUAAUAUCAAGCAGUCCCUCUUCAACGACUGGUUCAGCGGACACCUCAACUUUCAAAUCGAGCACCAUUUGUUUCCCACGAUGCCGCGCCACAACUACCACCUGGUGGCUCCGCUUGUCCGUGCACUGUGUGAGAAACAUGGCAUUCCUUACCAGGUGAAAACAAUGUGGCAAGGCCUCGCUGAUGUGUUCAGGUCACUGAAAAACUCAGGCGACCUCUGGCUUGACGCAUAUCUCCAUAAAUGACAACUUUAAUUCUCUGUACUGUACCUACAAGGAGUGACGUUUUCCUCCUCCUCUGCAUCAUACAUCGAUUGUAUCUGUUUGGUUUUUAUAAUCCAGUUGAUAGUGUGGGAAUGAUCUUUUAUUAGUGUUGGUGUUAUAGUUCACUUUUUUCAGAUUCUGUGCCGGGUUUUUAGUGCUCACAGGGUUUCUCUGAAUUGCCUUACAGUGUCUUGAACAACAGUAGUGUGGUGUUGUAGAUACAAUUGUGCAAACUGAUUGUGAGGUAUUUAAAGUGAUGUUUUUUUCAUUAUCUAUCAUGUGAAACAGAAAAAUAAAAUAAGACAAUUACACGAACAAAUGACAACUCCCGUGUAAUUGAGGAUUAAUUAGUCACUGCACUUCAUUUUAACUUCCUUCUUUACAUUUUGCAACUCUUGUUCUGAUCUUAUAAAAUA